AUGUAUCAAAAUACCUGCUAUUUAAUAAUUUGGAUAUUAAUCCUAACCCUUAUAUACACAACCUUAAUAUAAUCCUCUAUACUUCAAACCUCAGUUUAAGAUUAUCUAAAUUUGAAUUCUACAGAAUUCAAUGAAGAAAUGUUGAAUUUACCAUCCAAAAUUUAAGUGAUGGAAUUGAUACUACCAUACUCUAUUAUUAUGGAUAGUCUAGAGCCAAUUUUAAAAGAUUGUCAAUUUAUUAGAAAUUGCAAUGAGUCCCAAUUAUUUAUUAUCUAAGAGUAUGAAUCAAGAAAAGUCAAAGAAGCAAUUAAAUAAAAUUAAUACAAAGGAUAAUGA